UCGGUGUUGUACCGCUGCAUUUUACGGCUGAGAGCGCGCGGCUUUGCGGAGGUCUGAUUUAAUCAGGAACACUGAUUCAGUUUAUUAAACAGAAUUUUUGCUGAGUUUCACUGCUGGAAUCGCUGCUUUCAGUAAAAAUGAUUUUCACCUCAACAUUAAACAGUUAAAUCACAAAUGAAAGAAAAUUGUGCCCCAGAUUUCAGGAGAGCUCGCUGCUGAGGACCUGCUGCUGCUGACGGAGCAUGUAGUUCCUGCCUUCACUCAGGAGGAGAACGAGAGAAGGGAAGCUGGGAGAGAUGAACAUGGAAGACUUCACCAUGCGAACGUAUGGCACCAGUGUCCUGGACAACAGACCUCUGUUCGGGGAGACGUCAGCGAGGGACAGGAUCAUCAAUUUAGUAAUUGGUGGACUCGCAUCUCUGCUCGUGAUAGUGACCAUCAUCAGCGCUUUCGUCUUCCCUGCACUGCCUCCAAAGCCACUGAACAUUUUCUUUGCUUUCUGUAUCUUGCUGAUAUGCAUCUCUGUGCUGAUUCUGAUCUUCUGGUACAGACAGGGAGACUUGGAGCCGAAAUUCCGUAACCUGAUCUACUACAUGCUGUUUUCAAUUGUCCUGCUAUGCAUAUGUGCCAACUUGUACUUCCACGACGUGGGACGUGACAAAAAGGCCAAAGCCUUAUCAUAGAAACACGAGGAACUUUGACACGGCGGUAGAAAGUGUGUACGCUGACUUGAAACGAGUGACUCUUUGUUUCCUACAGCCCCGUGCGGUUGUCAUCAGGGCCAGUCUGCCUUCGGAGGCCUUCUCAACAGACCAACGGUAUUGUAUAUGUGUAUUAUGGAGCACGGUGGAUGCGUAUGCAGAUGUUUUGCAUCCCGAGUGCUGUAUAUUCCUGCAUUGCUGUAUUCUGCCAAUGUAAGUCCGAGACUGUUCUUGAUUACAAGCCAUUGUUAUAUGCUGCAGAAAGCAUUUUCUAUUUGUGUAUUGUAUACAUGUUGGACUACAUUCCCGAUUGAGAUCUCUUGCAUUCCUGAUGCAAUCUUGAAGCUGAAGCACUUACCAAAACGGAGACGCAGCCUGGCGGGACGAGACAUUCAGGUUUCUGCAUCUCUGCACACUGUCAUUUGAUAUGGCCAAGAUUGAUGAUUGUUGAUAUUUAAUUUCUAAUAUGCAUUUUAUGUUGGAAAUAAACCCUUAUUCCCA